AUGAGAAAUUAAUCUGUAAAAAAAGAAACUAGUUUAAAAUCAAAAAAACAAUCCAUUAAAGCUAAUAUUGACUUCUAGAAAUAUAGUUUUAUGGCAAGCAGAAAGAAUUUUUAAAGUCUAACUUGUUCUACUUAACAAGAUUCUAAUAGCAGCAACUUAUAAUUUUAGUCUUUCAGACAAUUUUCACCAAGUGAUUAAGUUGAAAAAAUAAGUAUGUAACUCAUAUUACUUUAUUAGAAGAACAUACAACUAAGUUUUCUUCAUAAAAAUUGAUUAAAAUGAACUCAAGAGAAUAUUAAGAUCCCUGCAAAAUUAAAUAAGGAGUCAUUUAUAAGAAAAUCUCACCAUAAAUUAAUCAGAAUCAAGACAAUAUUGAAGUUACUUUUGUUAGAAAAUUCAAUCUUUACAAUAAAUCAAAUUAAAUGAAUGAAAAUAAAAAAAGUUUUAGAAUGGAUAAAGAAAUAACUAUUCAAGAGAUAUCUAAUCCUAAGGUUUAAGUUAAAAGUACUCGUAAACUUACAAAUGAUAAUGCUUAAUUUUAAGCAGCAGUAAGUUAGGGUAUUAUGAGUUGUUACAAAACACUUUUUAUAAAUGCUGAAUCAAAAAAAGAUUAAAUAUCUUUAAGUAUUACAAAUCAACCAUUAAGUGCUAGAACAUAAAAAAUCAACUUAAGGUAAUACAAAUGA